AUGCAGCUCAGUGAGAGUGCUUUGAAUUACUACAGCAUGGAGAAUAACAUAGUACACAAAUUCUCUCGUUUGUUCCCUUCUUCUUUCUCUUCUUGUCAGUUCCGAAAUCUACCCGAUGUUGUUGAAAACCCUAUUGUUAUCUCCAAAACCUCCAAUAAUCAUGUUCUUGGAGCUUCAUCUAGAACCCAAUCUUCAAUAAAAACUCAAGAAUCCAAAUCAAACAAGAAUCAUUUGAAAAUUCCAAAAGGUUCUAAUAAAACGCAUAGACCCAAUAAAGAAUCAAAUGUUAUAAAAAGCUCUUCAUCAAAUAGUGGCUGGUUUAGCAGUGACGGAAGAGAUGAAUUUAGUGGCGAAACAGAAGAUGCUUUUUUCAGCUUGUCUUCUGGUUAUUUUUCCGAGUCUUUUCGCCCAAAAACUGCUAGUAAAAGAUACAAUCAAAGGAGUUAUGAAAUGGGUCGUUGUUCUUCUGAAUUAUCAGCCAAUUCUAUUUCAACAGCAACGAGCGAAAACAAGGUAAAUGGACGAGUCGGGUCAAACUUGAGCGAGUCAAAAUGGGUCAAAUCGAUAAAUGGGCUCGAGUUUCCCACCUCUAAAACAGAGCAAAACAGAGCAAAAAUAGCCAAAAAAAUAGUUGAAAAGCAGACAAGAUCUGGCGGAAGAACACGCCGGAAAACCAGCCCGGCUGAGAAGUUUGAUUAUUACAGUGACUCGAACAGUGAUAAUACUCGUCGGAAAACUACCAAGUGUCGCCGUAAAACGGGGAGGAACCACCGGAAAAUCAAGAAGUUGAGUUUAAUUAGCUCUGAUAAAAUUGGUCAGUUUUCAAUUGUUAUUGACGGGAGAAUUGAAGAGAGCAUUGCAGUAGAGAAGAAUACAAGUGAUCCAUACAAUGAUUUCAGAACAUCAAUGGUGGAAAUGAUAGUAGAAAAACAAAUUUUUGGAGUUGACGAUCUUCAAAGGCUUUUGCAUUGUUUUCUAUCAUUGAAUUCACCUUUUUUCCACAAGAUUAUUUUUGAGGUUUUCUCAGAGAUUUGUGAAGCUUUAUUCACUAACUGGUAG